AUGGCUCAGGCCAAUAGAGAUAUUGGGACUCAAGUGAACCCUAAUGUGAAUUCGGCCGCUUCAAGGCUUAGGGAUUUUGCUAGAAUGAACCCUCUAGAGUUUCAUGUCUCUAAAGUGGAAGAGGAUCCUCAAAGUUUUAUUGAUGAGGUUUAUAAAGUUCUUGAUAAUAUGGGAAUGUCUCCACAAGAGAGGCAGAAUUCAAGGGCUAAGAUGAAUAAAUUUGUGAUGGGAGUGUCCGACAUGAUAGUCAAAGAAUGUUGUAUAGAAAUGCUUAUCCCAAGUAUGGAUAUUUCACAUCUCAUGGUGCAUGGCCAACUAAUGAAAGAAGAGAAACUCAAGGAAAAGAAUAGAGAGGUGAAGAGAGCUAGCACUGGUGAUGGGAAUUUCUCCAAUGCUAGGUCCGAUGGACAAGGUCGACAAAAGUUCAAACAAAGGUUUUCCAACCAAGGCUCAUAUAGUUCUCAUAGGGUCAAUAAGGAUAAGAAACAUGAUGAGAAGUGCCUAGCUGGAACGGGUAUUGUUUUUGGAUGUGGUAAGAGUGGUCAUCAAUUGAGGAAUUGCCCAACACUUUCGGCCAAGGGGAAAGAAGGCAUGGAAGGUCAUCUAAGUGGUUCAAACUCCAAUGCCCAAAAGCAAAACCAUUUUUAUGCUCUUGGAUCUUGA